GGGGAUGAUUCAUCACCUACCAAACCACCAAACUAACCAACUGCAUGCAAACUAUUGUAUUUUGGCAUGAUGGCUUCAGUAAGUAUAAGGCUUUUAUUUAGUACGUGCUAACGUUAUGCACUGUUGGUUUAUCAGGCAGCUAGUAAAUGUUAGUUGAUGGUAAUUUCAUUCUCUGUACGAUUCUCGGCAAAGACUUGGCUAUAAUUUAGUUGGUAAUCUGAGCUCGUGAUAGCAGCUGCUGCUUUAUAAUAGCUCUGACAUUGCAAUGUCUUUCUAAAAACGUGACGUGCUUUAGUCUAAUGUGAAAAAUACGUAAAAAGAGGAAAAUCUAGGGCGGAAAUUGUCAACUUAAUCUUAGUUUUUACUCACCUGGGUAGAAAAAUGAUUCGCCCGUGUUACUUCAUAAGUUCGAGAAUGGCAGCGUUUCUGGCUGGGUUGGUGAAUAUGCUCAUCGGGAUGACGGGACUUUCCCUGAUUGCUCUAAAUCCUAAUGAAAGGCAUGUAAUGCUGGACCCCAUUCAGCCCCUCAGUCUGGACAGUGCCAAGUAUAAUGAUGUCAUUAUCGAAGACACGCUGCAGCUCUUUAUAGAAUUUCUGUUACCAGCCGUCGGAAUAUUCCUGCUCGGUCUGGUCCUCACAAUCGCGUCAACCACUAUGAACAAUUGCAUGGUGGUCUUUUCCUUCUUGUUGAGCACGCUGAUGAUGGCCGGAUGCGUUUCGGGUCUUUUGUCCCUCACCAUUUCGGGCGUCGAUUUCCACGCCGCGUUGCCACUAAUUGUCGUGGCCUUUCUCCAAAUCUAUAUUUAUUGGAUAGUCAUCGAUUUCAAUCAGUUUUCUUGGGACUUUGUACCCAAAGAGGACAAACAGAAUUUAGUCGAUGUUGAUACCAAAGUCUAAAAAACUACAAAGAGGGGACGCUAAACCACAUAUCAACGACGCUGUUAUGCUACGGAGUCAAUUUUUCAGUCAAUGCAAGCUAAUUCGUUGCCUAUUACUGUUUUUUUACGCUGCAAAUAACUUAUUAUCAGCAUUUUUCUUCUGAAAAUCUUGUAAUACAUUGAGUAGUGGCGCGGAAGCGUGGAGACGAAGGGGACAAUGUCCCCCCCCCCGAUCUUACAAUGGCAAUGUCCCCACGGCUUCCGCGGCCACCGACAAUGAGAAGCUGUUCUAAAUAUAAACAUUUCACCACAAUUCAUGCAGCAGGUCUUGUAAAAUCCGUAAAUUCUGUGAACGUACAAACUCUUACAAAAUUUCUAAAAUAUACAAAAUUUCCGAAUAUUACAAGUUAAACUACUGCGUGAAUUGUCCCGUUAUUCUGUGAGUUCCUAUUAAGUAUCUUGUAAAUAUUUACGUGCAAGUAUAUAAUAUUUAUUGAAGAAUGGAAUAAUAAAGUAAUUUUACAGAAAA